UAUGAAAGCUGAAGUUUUGAAAGGUGUUAAUAUAUUGUUUACACAUGUUAUUCCAACUAGCCAAAAGAAAGAAAGUGCUGAAAUAUGGAUUUUGGCCAAAGAAUUUGGUGCAGAGUGUUCUGACGGUUGGAAUAGUCAAGUCACCCAUUUGGUGGCAGGUGAUAAUGGCACGCUGGAUGAUUCUAUAAAAAAAUGGGAAAGACAACCAGAACGUGAUUAUUUUUUUGACACCUCUAUACGAGAAUCGGAAUCAGGUCAAGUGUCCGAAAUAGAGAAACCUCCUGAUUUAAUCGUUGAAACACCAUCGGUUAAUGAAAUUACUGAUGAUGAAGAAUUACUAAGCCCACAGGAACGUCAAGAACAUUUCUUAUCGACUGAUUGGAAAUCAGUCUUACGCGAGGUCGAUGAAGAAAUUGGUGAAUGGGGUGAUACAAGUGCUUUAGACGAAAGCGAGACUGAAA